AACCAAGAAAGAGCAGGCAUUCUUAGCCAGCAGACUGAAAGGACACGGCGGCAACUCGCAGAUGCCCUUGGAAGUCUUGCUCAGCGUGAAGAGGAUGUACACCGAUGCGAAGUGGAUCUAGCCGAAGCUCGUUCUCGCCUUGUUACUUCAGAACUAAAGCUCCAGGAGGCUCAGGAAAACAUGAGACGCCUAGAAGAGGAGACCCAGAAGCAGAUUUCCUUACAGCUCCAUUUGAGAGAGGAGAACAUCAGGUUGCAGGAGCGUGUUGAUCUGCUGGAGCAGAGGAGGGAGGUGGAUCAGAGAUCUAUGCUGGAUCUUCAGAGUUUACACAAGAACCUGACUGCUGCGAAAGCUGAUCUCGUUACUAGACUGGCUGAGGUAGAGAGUUCCAAGAAGGACCUGGAAAUACAGCUCGCUGCGGCUCAGGAAGAGAGUUCGUCUUUUGGAAGACAGCUGGAACUGGAGAGGCUGGUGCAUCAAAAGGAGCUGAGUCACCUGCAGGAAGGAAAAGCAGAACAGGAUAGAGAUGUACACAACAAGCUGAUAUUAUACCAGCGAGAGCGUGAAGAACUGGAGGCUCUUGUCAAAGACCUUAAGUCAGAGGCAUUAGCAGAUGGUGAACUGAGGAGAACUCUUCAGCUAAAGCUGGACAAAAUGAAGACUGAAUGUGAUAAGCUUACAGAAGAGCUGAGCACCAGAGAGGAGAGUCUUACUCAGCUCCUCCGCAAAUACCACAUCCUCAGAAAAGAGCUGAAUGUGAAGGUGAAGCUAGCAAAGAAGGAGGAGGAGAGGAGACACACUGCAGAGCACUCUAUGGCAGAGCUACAAGAGAGGCUCGCCAGCCUCCAAACAGAGCAGGAAUCCAUCCUUCAUGCCACAGGGGCUCAGAUUGACUCAGCCUGCCAGUUCUUGUCAGACGCCAAACUUGAGGCCAUUACCCUGACUCCAGGACUUCAGAAGGAUUCUCAUCGCUGGCUUGCUGAGGUUAAGACAAAGCUUCAGUGGUUAUGUGAAGAGGUGCGGGAACGGGAGGCCAGAGAGAAGAGGUUGAGGAGAAUACUUCAGCACCACAAGGAGCAAAUGAAAACCCUGAAAGAAUCCAAAGAUUUAGAAUUGCAGAGGCUCCUGGACCAAAUUGCCAUGCAGGAACGGCUUCUCAAUGACAUCCAAUCAGAGAAGAGAGGCCUUCUUGAAAAAGGUCGCAAGAAAGAAGAUGAGUUGAGAAAUCUUCAGGACCGUAUUAUAGAUCUUGAAACGAGCACCAAACUGGCCUUGGACCAUCUGGAGUCAGUUCCUGAGAAACUAAGUCUGCUGGAAAACUUCAAAGAUCUCGAGGAGUCGCAGAGGCAGAGAGAGAUGGUGGAGCUGCGCUACGCCAGAUAUACAGAGAUAGUUGGAGACCUCCAACGUCAACUUGAGGAAUCUAAGAGGAGGAUUCAGGAAUACAGGGAUGAGAAGUUGGAUGCCACCUGUAGGAGUCUUCAGCUUAGUUGUCUGACGUCAUCUCUUCUAAGUCAGAGCAAUAUCUUGACUAAUAGCUCUCUGUCAUUCCAUACCCCUAGUUUGUUUUGUGACACUUUAGAAAAUCGUUUUUAA